AUGUUCAACGCUGCUCGGUUUGCUGAUAAUGGUUCGUUCUGGAGACGAUUGGAAAGUGAUGUCUCAGAGCACGGUCAAGCAAUCGGGAACUCCCGGGUACCCGCCUUCAACCAGCCCCAGUCCCCAGAUGUACUUCCCCGAGCAGCAGGAUUCUGUACCAUGAUGAGACUCCCGUCACAAGAAACAACUAAAGGUUUAGAUGUAGGUUUCAUUGGUGUCCCCUUUGACCUCGGGUGUGGGUUCAAGAACGGUCCCAGGAUGGGCCCAAGGGCAGUACGAGUUCAGUCGGCCGCCUUAAAAGCUCUCAAUGCAAGCACAGGUGCUGCCCCGUUCGAGUCUCUGCAAGUAGCAGACGUCGGUGACGUCAGACUGAACCAGUAUAAUGCGGUUACCGCGUGCGAAGACAUCCGAAGAUAUUACUCCAACAUAGAGUGUGUCCCGCUGACGAUAGGGGGAGAUCACACUAUCACAUACCCUAUACUACAGGCUUUGAAGGCGAAGCAUGGACCUAUGGGCCUGAUACAGCUUGACGCCCACAGGGAUACAUCGGACAGUAUAGCAGGGGACAGGAUCAACCACUCCACCGCCAUCAGACGUGCCUUUGACGAAGGUUGUAUCGUACCCGAGAAGACGGUGCAGAUUGGCAUACGUGGAGCAGGAUUCUCCAUGGACAAUAUACAGUGGGGCAUUGAUCAGGGUUUCCGUGUGGUCCGCGCGGAGGAAUGUUGGCACAAGUCCCUUAAACCUCUCAUGGAAGAAGUAAGAGACAUGAUGGGCGAUGUACCCGUAUAUGUGGACUUUGACAUCGACGCCCUUGACCCUUCGUACGCUCCAGGGGCAGGGACAUUGGAGAUCGGUGGACUGACGACGAUACAAGUGUUGGAGGUGAUCCGGGGCUGCAGAGGCCUCAACGUCAUCGGCGGCGGUAUUGUUGAGGUGUCGCCGCCCUAUGACAACCAUGAUAUGACGUCAAUGGUAGCAGCACAUUUCUUGUUUGAGAUGCUUUGUAUUCUUCCCGGUGUCAAAUAUUAUCCCGUGUGAUGUCAUAAAUGGGACCUUAGAGGGUUGUUCAGAAAGACAACCGUCACAUGCUGACAGCAUGAGUAGCAUUUUAUCCUUGUAUAUAUAUACUACAGGAAUUAAAGACAGCGUUAACUACCACGUACGUGUCACCACAACGUUAAUAUCCACAAAUUUAGGCAGCUAUUGAAAUCAAACUCUAAUGAUGUAUUAAAUGAUUUAUUUAGAUAUAUUUGAACAAUAUGUUUGAAAUCUGUAGCAUAUCUAAAACCUAUAUUUUACAUCCAUGAAUAUUAUAUGUAAUUCACGUUCGAUGUAAACGUAUUAUACUAUAUGUAUAUAUUGGCCGUCAUACAAAUUGAGGACCUAACUAAACUGACGUACAAAAGAAAGUAUACACCUGAUGCUUUGGUAAAAUAUUUUCUUAAAAACAGCGUUAAAAUUAAAAAAGUGUUUUGAUUGUAAAUUUCAAGUCACAAAUUUGUGUAUGUGUUGCAAUAACACCAAAUAUCGUACUCAAUUACAAUGUUGCUAGCAAAAUAUUUGUUUAUCUGGGAAUAGUCUCAAUACACCAGAUGUGUACUUUCUUUUGUACAACAGUGUACUUGACUUGACAGCUCAAGAAUGUUCAGAAUGAGCUCUUGGUGACGUGUUUCACAUCUAGUUUGUUGAAUUAUUGUUUGUUUAAAUUAGAUGUACAAUCAGCAGACAUAUAGUUACAUCCCCCGCCAUAUAGAGUUAUAUAAGUGAGUUUAGCUGAUGAAAGCAUAAUAUGACAUGUACAUAAAUCAAAAUGACAUGCUUCGAAAUACAUUUGAUAGCUGAUCUUAGUAUAAACAGUAUAAACAUGUAUAAAUUAUAAAAAAUACUUUGUGACCCGAUGGUUGAAUCAUGGUCAAAGGUUCAUGUCCAUCAACUGAAUUAACCACCUGAACUACAAAUAAAGGACUUCAGUGAAA